GAUAAGAAGGAGAAAAAGAAGAAGAAGGAAAAGGAAAAGAAAAAGGAGAAGAAAAAGGAAAAGGAGGAAACCGAGGAAGAAAAGGCGAAGAGAAGAAAAAUCGAGAAAAAUGCUUGGAGAUAUACGCCUCAUCCCUGCAAAGAUGACCCAUUUCGUAUCAAGAAAGCGGCUUUGAAAGGCAAAUCAACUCCACGUACGGAUACUUUGUCGAAGCCAAAAAUUCGUAUAUGUAUGGCCCUCAAAGCUAAACCUUUCGACGUGAAGAAAGCUGCUCUAUCCGCCACUCCUUCCGGAAGAGUGGAGUCAUUGGCUAGACCAAAGAAACCUUUGAGUCCUGUCGGAAAAAGACUACCGCGAGAGAAGGACAAAUACGGGAGACCAAUAUUUGAAAUGCCUGUUUACGGGAAAGUGUUACCGAAAACGAAGCCGUACAAGAUGGGCGAAUGCCCAGACGAUAAAGAAGAGAAGAAACCGGUUGUCAAGAAACGUCCGAUCGAUCCGAUUGCUUACGCGCCUAGCGUCGAUCCUUGCAUCGAGCCGGAAUUGGCGAAGAAGCAAAAGAUUGAAAGAAAAAGGGCCGAGAAAAUAUCGAAGAAGAAGAAGGUGAGAAAGGCGAAACCGAAGAAAAAGGUGAAAAAGCCUGAAAAAGUCGAGGAGGAUAAAAAGGAUAAAAAGGAUAAAGAGGAUAAGGAAUAUGAACAAAUAGUUAUUCCAGUAGUAUGA